AUCUUCACAUCAUCAGACUCGGAUUGAGAAUAGAGGAUAGCGUCGUCUGACACUUUUAAUAUACAAUAAUCUCCACUCUUUUUUUCCAGCAAUUGACAGAGCGCUGACUCGCCGCAUCGCAAUCCCGGUUGUUCUUGCGGUAAAACGUUACCUUGUUUACCUCACUUCAGCUACGAAAGACAACAACAUAUCGAUUAAUCAAAAUGUCAUCAUCCCGAGUCGGUCUACGAUUCCUCGCAAACUCACGCGCGGCAUUUCGCAACUUCCGUCAAAAUGUCAGUAAUAACAGCAAAGGAUUCCGAUUCUCGAGCACGGAUGCCAGCGCCACCGCUGGAGAGCAACAGAGUACUUUUCAGAGGUUGUGGAAUAGUCCUGUUGGUGUAAAGACUGUCCAUUUCUGGGCACCCGUUAUGAAGUGGUCCCUCGUCAUCGCAGGCAUCUCAGACCUAGCUCGUCCCGCCGAAAAACUCUCCCUAACCCAAAACCUCGCUCUAAUGGCCACCGGCUCAAUCUGGACUCGAUGGUGUUUCGUGAUAACCCCCAAGAACAUGCUAUUGGCCGCUGUAAACUUCUUCCUCGCUUGCACUGGUCUCGCACAAGUAACUAGAAUAUUCCUCUGGCGACGGAGCCAGGACGGUUCUGCCACAGAAGCUGCUAAGGAUUUGGCGGAGGAUACUGUGGGAAGCGCAAAGGCUGUUACCGACAGUGCCAAGGGAGUUGUCAAGGCUGCUGAGGAGAAGGUCAAGUCUUCUUAAUUUGGUUUGUCUUCUAGAGCAAAUAAAGCAGGGAGAAGGAAGAAUGAUCUUUCUGUAAUAUAAGCUGAUUAACCGGUUAUAGUAAUUUAUCUUAUGCUUUUGGCAAAAGGAUACUACUCCCGCGUAGCAUUUCAUCAGAUCCAUUCUCCGAGU